AUGUGUUGCAACUACUACAGAAACUCUUGUGGGGGCUGCGGAUAUGGCUCUGGCUGGAGUUCCGGCUGUGGAUAUGGUUGUGGCUAUGGCUGUGGAUACGGCUCUGGCUGUAGAUAUGGCUCUGGCUAUGGAACUGGCUGUGGAUACGGCUCUGGCUGUGGAUAUGGCUGUGGAUAUUGCUCUGGAUAUGGAUUUGGCUCUCGUUAUGGCUGUGGAUACAGCUCUAGCUUCUGUGGCUACCGACCACUUUGCUACAGAAGAUGCUAUUCCUCUUGCUACUAA